CCACCGACGAAGAAGUGAGCGAGUAAAAUUAAACCAUUAGCCGUUUCGGACAGUGUUGCUAAUAUUUAUAAUUUACACCACAUAGUAGGCAAAUAUGAAAUUGUAUUGUUUGUCUGGUCAUCCGACGUUGCCGUGCAACGUUCUCAAGUUUAAAUGCACCACCAUCAUGCUGGACUGCGGUCUGGACACCACCUCAGCUCUGUAUUUCCUCCCUCUGCCUCUGGUACACAGUCCGAGACUGUCCAAACUCUCAGGAUGGGUCUCCAAGGAUGGAACAGUGAACCUCGAGAAAGAGCUAAAGGAGUGUGCCGGUCGUGUGUUUGUGGACUCGGAGCCAGAGUUUUGUCUCCCUGAGAGAGAGCUGCUCGACCUGUCGACUAUCGACGUCAUCCUGAUUUCUAACUACCACUGCAUGAUGGCGCUGCCCUACAUCACCGAGCACACCGGCUUCUCCGGCACCGUCUACGCCACCGAGCCGACAUUCCAGAUCGGCAGACUGCUGAUGGAAGAGCUGGUUAAUUUCAUGGAAAGGGUUCCAAAGGCUCAGACUGCCACCUGCUGGAAGAACAAGGAAAUACAACGGCUGCUGCCCGGGCCUUUGAAGGACGCAGUGGAAGUGUGGUCAUGGAAGAAGUGCUACAGCAUGCAGGAAGUGAACUCUGCUCUCAGUAAAGUGCAGCUGGUGGGCUACUCGCAGAAAGUGGAGUUGUUUGGUGCAGUGCAGGUCACCCCUCUGAGCUCCGGCUAUUCCCUGGGCAGUUCAAACUGGAUCAUCCAGUCUCACUAUGAGAAAGUGUCCUAUGUCUCCGGCUCAUCCUUGCUCACCACACACCCUCAGCCUAUGGACCAGAGCUCUCUGAAGAACAGUGAUGUUUUGAUCCUAACCGGCCUGACCCAGAUCCCCACGGCCAACCCGGACGGCAUGCUGGGAGAAUUCUGCAGCAACCUGGCCAUGACAAUCCGAGCUGGAGGGAACGUCUUGGUGCCGUGUUACUCCUCUGGUGUGAUUUACGACCUGCUGGAGUGCCUCUACCAGUUCAUGGAUUCUGCUAACCUGGGAAACACACCCUUUUACUUCAUCUCACCUGUGGCCAACAGCUCGCUGGAGUUCUCCCAGAUAUUUGCAGAGUGGCUGUGUCAGACGAAGCAGUCCAAGGCUUACCUUCCUGAACCUCCUUUUCCACAUGCUGAGCUGAUCCAGACCAACAAGCUGAAGCAUUACCCGAGUAUCCACGGCGAGUUCAGCAGCGACUUCAAACAGCCGUGUGUGGUGUUUACGGGGCAUCCAUCACUGCGCUUCGGGGAUGUAGUGCACUUCAUGGAGCUGUGGGGCAAAUCCAGUCUCAACACCAUCAUCUUCACCGAGCCUGAUUUCUCCUACCUGGACACUUUGGCUCCUUAUCAACCCCUGGCCAUGAAGUGUGUGUACUGUCCCAUCGACACACGCCUCAACUUCCACCAGGUUUCCAAACUCCUGAAGGAGGUUCAGCCACUUCACGUUGUGUGUCCAGAGCAGUACACUCAGCCUCCUCCUUCUCAGUCUCACCGGUCUGAUCUGAUGUUAGAGCUGCAGCCUCCUCCUCUACCCUACAGCCGAUGCUCCGUUCUCAAUCUGCCCUUCCACCGCACAUACGAACGUGUCCACCUUCUGCCUGAGCUCGCCAAAACUCUUGUGCCCUCCGAGAUUAAACCUGGCGUCUCUGUGGCAAACGUGUCCGCAGCUCUGCAAUCCAAGGACAACAAGCACGUCCUCCAGUUGGUGCCCAAGCCAGCUCCUGUAGCUCCCAGUAAGAAGAGGAAGAGGCUAAUGGAGGAGGUUCCUGAGCUGUCGAGCCCAAAGCCCCUGCUGAGUGGAGCUGUGCCUCUGGAAACCUUCCUCGCCUCACUGCACAAGAGCGGAAUCUCGGAGGUGAAGGUGGAGGAGACAGCAGACGGCCAUAUCCUGCACCUGCAGGCCGAGGAUGCGCUCAUCCAGCUGGAGGAGGACGCAACGCACAUCGUGUGCGACAACAACGAGCCCCUGCGCGCUGCUCUCAGGGACCUGGUGCUCCGCUUCCUCCAGAAACUCUAACCUCUGACCUUUUGAGUCUGGACUUUUGUGGGUCAGUAGUGGUGAGCAGUGGGACGCGACUGAGGCCACGGAGAUUAUUUGUGGUUUAAGUAAACACAGAAACUCGCUGUAAACAUGGGAUGAGACGCAUCGCAGGGCACGAGUUCUCACUGGAGAACACGGUACAUCACCGAUAAGGGCCAACAUUCCUUAUCGCACUAAUGACAUCAGUUUGUCUUACUCCUCGUGCUCCUGAGCCACUUAAACAUUCCCAGAAUGCACUGCUUUUAGAAGGAAAGUUACUGUGUAGAUCUGUAUAUAUCAAUUUAUCAAGGUUAACAAUAAAAUACAAAUUACUAAGAACUUUUAUUUUAAAAAAUGAACAAGGUGCAUCUUCAUUCCUGUUUAAUAAAUCAGGUAAUUUGUUCAUUUAUGAGUAACUGUAAUAUCACGGUACAUUUAACAGUUAUUCCAUGAAAUCGAGUCGUACGUGAGCCGAUAGCCGACGAGGCACGUCGCACCAGGUCGGCAAUAAUCCGUGUACGACAAGAUAGAGUGGAGUAACUGUUUUAUUCUAUCCACAUUCACUGGAUUUCCAGAAACGGAGCAUUUUUGUUAUUUUUUGCAAUAAAAGCUUUGCACAAAACGUCCAACAAAAUCAUUUCCGCUUAGAAU